GAGACCAUGUCUUAGCCAUUCUCACAAAGGAUUGCGCCUAUCAUGAGGUGGUGCUGUCGGUCCGAGGCUAUAGAAGAGGGCUAGAUAGAUUUCUGCGAAACUCUCGCUGAUAACUGUGUAGUUAACCAGUUUCCCGUUAGCUCCCCAACCGCUCUAAAGCUUUCUCCCGAGAACUCCUACAUAGAUGUGCCCUCACGGCGAAACCUUCUUACUAGCAUAGACGUAGUCCAUUACGAUUAUACAAGACCCAUCAUGGACUCGGCUACUAGUACAAGUCUCGAGACCCCCACGAGGACGGUAACUGCUCGACGAAACGACACUACGAAAGAGCCCGCCUCCAGCGCCACAGUCGAGGUCCCCAAUGAACAUACAAAUGGAGAAAAGAAGUCGUAUGCUUUUAGGAAAUAUAGACAUGUUACCGCGGUUCAUUCCGAGUCGAGACCGUCCACACUAAGCCAUGACACAACGGCCACUCCGAGUUUCCUAGGGUUUAGAAAUUUGAUGGUUAUCGUGCUAGUGGUGGGAAAUCUACGGUUGGUAAUAGAGAACAUGCAAAAGUACGGGAACUUGAUAUGUAUAACAUGCCACGAUUUCCGCCGUCAGGAUGUCCUCCUUGGCUUCCUUCUCUAUAUACUAGUUCCUUGCCACCUCUUCAUUGCCUACUCGUUCGAAUGGUACGCCGCUAAGCAGGCACGCAUCUCGCGAGCCCAAUCUGCUAGCAAAGGAGGGACCGCAAGCCCGACCGAAGACCAACAGGCCAACUUCGAGUCCAAGUGGAAGAUUAUUAGGACUGCUCAUCUCCUAAACGCCACUCUGGCUCUAGCCGUCCACAGCUGGGUCGUCUAUUUCCACAUCUACCACCCCCUAAUUGGUACUAUAACGGAACUUCAUGUCAUUAUCGUCUAUAUGAAGGUCUUGUCAUACGCACUUACGAAUAGGGAUCUUCGUCAUGCGUAUCUCCACCCGGUCAAAGGCGAAUUGGCUAUCCUCCCUGAAAUAUAUGCACAAUGCCCGUAUCCCCAGAAUAUCACGAUGAGCAAUCUGACCUACUUUUGGUGGGCCCCGACGCUCGUCUACCAGCCGGUAUACCCUCGAUCAAAGAAUAUCAGAUGGCUCUUCGUCGUUAAGCGACUCAGCGAAUUGGUCUGUCUGAGCGUCUUCAUAUGGUUCUGCAGCGCCCAGUAUGCAGCCCCGGUCCUAUGGAACUCGCUUGACAAGAUAGACCACCUGGACCUAGUAUCGAUUGUCGAGCGGCUUCUAAAGCUGUCCACAAUCUCGCUUGUCAUCUGGCUGGCUGGCUUCUUUGCUCUGUUCCAAUCGGCUCUUAACGCGCUAGCAGAGAUUAUGCGAUUCGGAGACCGGUCUUUCUACGACGACUGGUGGAACUCGGCUGGCCUGGGAGACUACUGGCGGCUCUGGAACAAGCCCGUCUACCAGUUCAUGAAGAGGCACAUCUUCUCGCCCUUGAUAGGCAGGGGCUGGAGCAUGCAGCUAGCCAGUAUCGCCGUGUUCUUCGUCUCAGCUAUACUACACGAACUUCUAGUCGGUAUCCCAACCAAGAAUCCCAUAGGAGUCGCAUUUAUGGGGAUGAUCGUCCAGAUCCCGCUGAUAUGGUUCACGCGGCCGUUCUCCAAGAUGAAGGGCCCGCAUGGCCGACUCAUCGGCAACUGUAUCUUCUGGGUCUCCUUCACCAUCUUGGGUCAGCCGUUUGCUGCGCUAGUGUAUUUCUAUGCCUGGCAGGCUAAGUACGGAUCUGUAGCUAAGAGGAUGGCUCUGAAUCAACCGCCUGUGUUGAACUAGCUGGCCGGCGUGUGAGAGAUGAGAUGAGUUACGCCCCAUGUAGGUAGAGAAUAGAGAAAGGCAAAGGGUAUCCGUAAUAUAAUUACAUCUUGAUCUUUUGAGAUAUACGCUCAAACGCUAUCCUGCUAAAAGUUAGAUCGUCACUCAAUAGAGUAUCCUAUACAGUUCUAUCC